AUGGCAACCGAGGCCCGCGAUGCCGCCAUCCGAGAUGCGAAGCGCUAUGUUCGCGAGAUCGUCCGAAACGAUUGGGUCUUUGAACUCUCCUCCGAGCCUGGCGUUCCUUCAUUCUCAUCUCCUCCCACCCCCGACCAAGAUGUCCUACGUUGGCGUCAACGCGAAUAUGACAGCUCCGGCUCCGAGCUAGAACCUCAGCCUUCGCCCGCCAUCAGCCCUGUUGGUGGUCACAAUGCCUCCGAGCUCGCCAGCCCGCUCGGAACCCCGCUCAGUGACGACUCCGAGCGGAGGCGCAAACGGCGCCGCCAGAUGGAGGAGGAAAUGCAAUGGAACGCAGGCCUCCGGACAUGGGUAGAGCGUCGGGAUGCGUGGUCUGGAGCUCUCUCAAGGGACGCGAUUCGAGCAAGAGAAGCAAGGACCCAGCAGGCUGCUACACCUACGACAUCAUCCUCGGAACAACAACCUCCACAUAAUGCGUCCGUGCCUGCUGCUACUACCGUGGCCACCCCUCCCCUCUCCGCUUCGUCGGCCAAUUCCCAAAACGAUCUCGCCCUGCGAACUGAAGCUUCUCUCAGCAUCGCCGAAAAUGACAGCGCGCUCCCACGGCCGCCAUCUCGCGGCGAAGAACCCUCCACGGCAGCAGAACAACCACCCCCGCCUCCCCCCGCAGGGGAGGACGAGAACCAGGGUGGAGAGUCUUCUUCCUCCGCAGAUACCGGGUUGAGUCAACCUGACUCCGCGCAUCAGCAAUCAACCAGCGAAGACCCUUUCAUCCCUGUCGUCUCGUCCCUCAUCUCCAAUGACAACCCCAUCCGCGCCUCCAUCACCCCAGCGAUGUACCCAUCCAUCUACUCCAAAGUCGUCAUCCAAGGUCUCACUCCCACUGUGCCAAUCAACCUAGCAGAUAUUACCAAGGCUAUGGUUCAAGGCUGGAAAUCGGACGGCCAAUGGCCCCCGAAACCCUCCUCGAUCGUGCUCCAAGACACCGCGACAGUGCGGCCCAAACCCGAGGAACCUGCAGAUAAGCCGCCGUCGUCACCCGAGUCCAAACGGCGCUCGGGUGUAGCCAGCGCCGUGCGCAAGGUCUUCCACUUCUCAGGCUUCCAUCCGCAUCAUCCAUUCCACCGGAGAGGAUCAAGCAGUCAGCAGAAUGAAGGGAAUCCUGAAGGAGGUGUGAACCAAUAG